AUGUUAUUUGAAAAUCUUAUUAAAUUUCAACAGAUUGAAUAUAAAAUUAUUAGAGGAUAUUAUUGGACUGGUAAUAAAUUUUUCAAGAAGCAAGGCAAUCUUGUACAAGAAGUAUUUAAAUUAAUUAUGAAUUCAUCAUAUGGUAAGACUAAUCAAAAACCUAUUAAAACUGAUCUUGUUUAUAAACAAAUAUCUGUUAAAAGUAAUAAAGGAGAUAUUCAAUAUGAUGCUGAAAGAUAUUUAAGAAAGAACUCAUUAUUAGUCAAAUCAUUUUAUGAUGUUGCUGAAAAUAUUAGAUGCUUUGAAUGUAAUAAAAGUUUUGAUGAUUUCUUUGUUCCAAAUCUCAUUGGUGUUCAAACUCUUACUAUGUCAAAACGUAUUAUGAAUGAAGUUAUGUGUUUAGCAGAAGAUCUAAAUAUUUCAAUUUAUUAUCAAGAUACUGAUAGUAAAAAGGCUUAUUGUGAUAAAUUAUCUAAUGAGAAGAAUGAAGUCGCUAAUCAUCUUAGAUCAAAAGAAUUAUAUAAGAAACUAUAUGAUGGAGAAUCAUUUAAUUUUAAUCUUUUACAACUUAGAGCAUCAUUCGAAUUUACUAAAGAUUUUAAAAAUAAAUCAAGAUCUCAAUUCUGUAGAAAUAUUAAAUUUAAUACUGAAUUAGAACAAGAAUUAACUAAAUUUUAUAAUACUUAUAAAGAUAAAAUAGAAUAUGCAUAUAAUAAUAGAGAUAAAUUAUAUGGUGUUCAUCCUAAUACUGACUCAAAACACAAUUUAAAAAAUUUUUUAUUCUGGUAUUUAUAA